CGGCUGUCAUCGACCAAUGGCAGACGUCCGGAGUUGGUCUACCGGGAGGAGCGUCCCGUCCAACACUGGGCAGGUCGUUUGCCGGUGCCCGCAUCAGUGUUAACCCCGAAGCCGCAACCGAUCUGUCUGCGCCGAGUACCGAGUCAUAAAUCGUGAACAUUGUCCGAUUUAGUGUAAUCACUGACCGCGUUUAAAACACUUGGAGGUUAUAGAGCCAAUUUGAUUUUUUACGAUCCAUGUGUUUUUUCAUCUGAAGUACUCCACAUAAAUAGUUUAAUAUUUUCUUUUGUGUAAUUAUUUUUUGUUUUGCAUUAUUGGUUAUUUUUUGUGUUUCCUACAAAACAAUUUUCAUUAUGGCCAAAUCCGUCUUUUUUAGAUUAUGCUAAUAUUUUUCAGAUGUUGACAACAAUAGCGUGUCCAUUGCGCUAGUUCAUUCGGAGACUGCCCAUGAAGUUGGGACGUUCAGCGAGUACGACACCGUCUCCACAGCACCACCAGUCGUCCAUGUCACCCACGGCAGGCACCAGCGUCCGGUGGUCGCAUCGGAACAGCGCUUUCUAUCCCGUCAGGCAUUCCGAUACGGUUCCAAGCGACCUGUCGAUAUCCAUGACGGCGGCCGGUGCUAAUCACCUCUCGCCGUACGGCGGUUUUAUUAACGGUCUCAUGCCCAUGUCGCCUUACUUGUGGCCGCUGAUGAUGCCGUAUUCGCCGUUGACCGGCUGCAGCGGACACAUGAUUGCAGCGGCAGCGGCUGCAGCGGCCGCCGCAGCAUCUUCCACUAAUUCGUCGGCCGGCACAACGAUUCGCGUGUCUCCGGACCGUGUCAGCGACGACAUCGGCCAAACGCCGGAAAAAGCCAAGUUCGACGACGCGUCCGAUUCGCCGUUGAACUUGAGCGUGAAAAAGAGGAGUCAAGAGAUCUGGUCGCCGGGCAGUCUGUGCGAAAAAGAAAAAUCUCCUCUGCCCUUACCGCCGAAAAACUUCACCUCGGACAACUCGUUGGGCGUAGAGAGGUCUUUCCAGUGCAAGUUGUGCGGCAAAACUUUCAAAAGGUCUUCCACUCUGUCCACUCAUCUGCUGAUCCACUCGGACACCAGGCCUUACCCCUGUCAGUUCUGCGGCAAGAGAUUUCACCAAAAGUCGGACAUGAAGAAGCACACGUAUAUACAUACAGGCGAGAAACCUCACAAGUGCGUCGUGUGCUACAAGGCGUUCAGCCAGUCGUCCAAUCUGAUCACUCACCUGCGUAAGCACUCGGGUUACAAGCCGUUCCCGUGCGGCCUGUGCGACAAGGCGUUCCAGAGGAAGGUGGACUUGCGCCGGCACCGGGAGAGCCAACACCCCGGGUCGCCGGCCCAACAGUGUCAGAUCACCAGCACGACGGCGGCCGUCGCGGAUUACCAGCAGCAGCAACCGCAGCCGCAGGGAAGCGCGGAAAACAACAGUUAGUCCGGUCCCUCCGGCCGUGAGCGUCCUAGGCGUGUUGUUUUGUAAAUAACUAUUUAUUCGUAUCACCGGGACGGGACGACAACAGACAGCUCGCGCAGAACUCCAACGAGCAGAGAGUAGUGGACUCUUGGAAGGAUUUUCCAGUGGGCAAUUAGGUUGCUGAACGUGCGCCAAGUCUGCGCGUCCGAUGCCAACGCAUUGCAUACUCGGUGGCAGCUAUUAAGAGACGGUCAUGUUUUCCGGGUCUGAACGGCUCUGGAGGUGGUCGAAAACUCUGAACCUAGUCGGCGCAGUCGUCCAAACGGGUCUAGUCCGUCAAAGCUUACCAAAAAAAAAUAUUAUAAAAAUUAAUAAAAAAAAAAAAACGUUGUAGUGUAAAUCUUUGUUAAAUAAUAUCCGACUCGCAACAAACCGCGUUUACUUCGGUAUGUUAAUGCGUUUUUUGAUAUUGUACACCUGUCCCACGAAAAUGUACGGUAAUGCAUGUAACGGGUUAAAAAAACCGGUGUGGUAAUAGUAAAAUUUGUAUGACUAAUUUUACAUUCGAAAAACGCAAUCUCAAUGUGUAAAAUGUUAUUCCACACGGCCAACAGUGUAAUUAUUGCACACAACGCGCACUCUCCAGACAAUAAAUAGGUUAAAAUUUAAUCGAAAAUUGUUUUUUAUGUUGUUUCUUUAUCGGUUUUAUCGACACAGUGUAAAAACAAAUGAAUGACAUAUCGGUCCGUACAGACUGUGGAAUCAUUAUUUUAAUUAUAACUAUUUUUUUUAUAUUGUACAGAGUAGUACCAAAUGAAGAAAAACGAAAUGUUAUGUUUUUUAAUUGAUUACGGUUAAUAAUAGUAUUAUUAUUACAUAGUUAUGAUUAUUUUUCGUAUAGUUCCUUUUUAUUAAGAAUUAUUAUUUAAGCAUCUUUUUGUAACGCGUUUCGAUACGUGAUAUAUUAUUAUACUUUUUAGUCAAAUAAUUAUUUUAAUUUGUAUAAACACCAAAGAAGACAUGAUAAUUAUUUAUUUUCACGUGCCAUUGUGCACAGCCUCUCACCCAUAUGAUCACAAAAUAACGCACACAUUUAUAUACCCACCCUCACAGUCACCAACUCAUUCUUAAAAAAAAAAAAAAAAAUGUUUAAUUUUUAUUUUAGUUAAUGAUUGUAUUUAUAUUUCUCAUUUAAUGCUUAU